CGGCUGUUCCGCCUCCGAGCAGCCACGCUGGGCUUUCCUCCGCUGCGGGAGCGGGCGCUCCAGUGCCCCAGGGCGGCCAUGGGCUCCCCUCACUGGUGGGAUCAGCUGCGGGCUGGCAGCUCGGAAGUGGACUGGUGCGAGGACAACUACACCAUCGUGCCGGCCAUCGCCGAGUUCUACAACACGAUCAGCAACGUCUUGUUUUUCAUUUUACCUCCCAUCUGUAUGUGCUUGUUUCGUCAAUAUGCAACGUGUUUCAACAGCGGCAUCUACUUGAUAUGGACUCUCUUAGUUGUAGUGGGAAUUGGAUCUGUCUACUUCCAUGCAACCCUUAGUUUCUUGGGUCAGAUGCUUGAUGAGCUUGCAAUCCUCUGGGUUCUGAUGUGUGCUCUGGCCAUGUGGUUCCCCAGAAGGUAUCUACCAAAGAUCUUUCGGAAUGACAGGGGCCGGUUCAAGGCAGUGGUCUGUGUCCUGUCUGCAAUUACAACAUGCCUGGCAUUUGUCAAGCCCGCCAUCAACAAUAUAUCUCUGAUGACCCUGGGGGUUCCCUGCACUGCACUGCUCAUCGCAGAACUGAAGAGGUGUGACAAUAUCCGCGUGUUUAAGCUGGGCCUCUUCUCAGGCCUCUGGUGGAUGCUUGCCCUGUGCUGCUGGAUCAGUGACAGAGCCUUCUGUGAGCUGUUGUCGUCCUUUCACUUUCCCUACCUGCACUGCGUGUGGCACAUCCUCAUCUGCCUCGCUGCAUACCUGGGCUGUGUGUGCUUUGCCUAUUUUGAUGCUGCCUCAGAGAUUCCUGAGCAAGGCCCAGUGAUCAAGUUCUGGCCCAGUGAGAAAUGGGCCUUCAUCGGUGUUCCCUAUGUGUCUCUCCUGUGCGCCCACAAGAAGUCACCAGUCAAGAUCACUUGAUGGCAAGACAGAGCUGCUGGCUUCUCUGCUCAUUUUCCUUCAUGCACUGGGCUUCAUUUGCUAGCAAAGGCAGUCAAGGGAUUUCAGGAGUUGGUGUUGGGUGUGUCUUUUCAAAUAUUCUGUUCCCUUGUGUGUCUGUGGACUGCCAGGGUUCCACUGUGCCGGGAGAAGUGUGUGAAAGUAGAUGGUUGGGGACAUGAGAUGUACCUUUCUCAGCAUCGCUGGCAGGUGUAGCAGCUUGCUGGGCUACCUCUUCUGUGGCUGGGGUAGAAUAGUCUCUGGGGGCUUCUGAGCAGCCUAUUGGCCUCUUCCUGGAGAAGGUUGGCCCACUCCAGGCCUCAUCAUUCCCACGCUCUUUCGAAGUGGAUGCUACUGUGAUAGAUAACACCCUCCAGUUCACUACUGGAAGGUGCCAGACACUUUCAUUUGGGGAAAUACUCCUUCAACCAAACCAAACCAAACCUCCACAGGACUGUGGCUCAGGAGGCUAGUUUUCACUUGCACCUCACCCUGAGCCAGGCUUUCUCUACAUUUGUGAAUCUUUUUUACUACUACCUACCUCUGCUGAGAGCUGGAGGCUUAAUGUCACAGUGGGAGAAGCUAAUAUGCAAAACCU